GUCGUAGUAAGACGGUUUAGAAAACACCAAAAGCAGUUUAUAGUUGAAAGUCCCUUGCUUUUUCUCCGCUCUGUUUGGUUACUAAGAAAACAAAAAUCCAACCCUAUGUCUUUUCCCUCAUAUUUCUGCUUUUUGCCAGAGUCCAGAAGCAGGUGAAAAGAAAAGGAUUUUCGUUUUUCCUUUGUUUGGUCAGAUCCAGAGAGAAAAAUGGAUGAUAGUUGUGCUGUCUGUGCUGAUACACUUGAGUGGGUUGCAUAUGGGCCAUGUGGCCAUCGAGAAGUCUGCUCCACUUGUUUCAUUCGGCUCCGAUUCAUCUGUGAUGAUUGCCGAUGCUGCCUUUGCAAGUCUGAAUUGAAAACUAUCUUUAUAACUAAAGCUAUGGGAGAUUAUACGAAGGUGAUAAAUGACUUCUCAGCUUUUGCAGCUGAUCCGACUGAGGGCCAGGUUGGGUCUUACUGGUACCAUGAAGGGACACAAGCAUAUUUUGAUGAUCUGGAUCACUACAAGAUGAUAAAAGCCAUGUGUAGGCUGUCCUGUACUGUUUGUGAUAAGAAGGCUGAACAGCAGAAUGCUACGUCAAAGAGGAGAGCAGAGUUUAAGAACAUCGAGCAGCUUAAGAGUCACUUGUUUAACCGGCAUAGGCUGCUUAUGUGCAGUCUGUGUUUGGAAGGUAGGAAGGUCUUUAUGUGUGAGCAAAAGUUAUAUACUAAACCACAACUGGAUCAGCAUAUAAAGACAGGUGACUCAGUGGUUGAUGGCACUGAAGGUGAAAGGGGAGGAUUUAUGGGACAUCCAAUGUGUGAAUUCUGUCAAAAUCCAUUCUAUGGGGAGAAUGAGCUGUACUUGCAUAUGUCUACUGAACAUUAUACUUGCCACAUAUGCCAAAGGCGGCAUCCAGGACAAUAUGAAUACUAUAGAAAUUAUGACGACAUGGAGAUCCAUUUUCGUCAAGAGCAUCAUUUAUGUGAGGACGAGGCCUGCCUUGCCAAAAAAUUUGUUGUUUUUGCAACUGAAUCUGAACUGAAGAGGCACGGUACUGUUGAACACGGUGGGCGCAUGUCUCGUUCCAAGCGUAACGCUGCACUGCAGAUACCAAUAAGCUUCCAGUACCGGCGGAGUCAUGAGCAAGAUCAUCGGGUAAGAGGACAUGGUACUUAUCAUGAUUCAUCAGAUAGUCAACUUUCGUUGGCCAUACAAGCUAGUCUUGUGACAGCAGAUGCUGAAAGUUUUCAUCAUACUUCAACAAGUGACCAAGCGAUUGUCAAUACUGAAGUUGCCUCUGUUGUUGGCCCUUUUGCUGCAUUAGCUACAUUAGAUUCCGAAACAUCUUCAAGAUAUUGCCAAGCACUAGGAAACUCUAGGAAUGGACCUCUUGAAGACUCAUCCUUUCCUCCCCUUCCUGCAGCAUCAAAUGGCAGUCAACAAAAACUAAGAAAUGCUUCAGAAGGAUCAGCUAGAAGAAGCAUGGCUGCUCGCUUACGUCACCGAAACAAUGGGACUUUAAUUGUUUCUAAUACCGCUCAGGCUUGGCCUGCAGCAAGUCUUCAACCUAACAUAUCAACUACUAGUGAGCACCGGUCUAGGCCUGUGGCAAAUUUUUUGCACUUAUCAACUAAUUCAUCUAGUUCUUCCAAAAGUAAGCCUGCUAGAAUUAAGGAAUUUUUGCCAUCUAGUCAUGUAAGCUCUGCUCAGGGUUCUUUUUUCGGACUUACAGCUAAUUUUGCUAGCUCAUCCAGGAGUUCAAUUGGCACCAGUAAGGUCAGCCACCCUGCUUGUGCUCCAAAUCUUGUAGACACAGGUUUAUUUGAUAAUUCCCUUUCUAAUUUUCCUCCAGUUUUUUCUGCUCAAGUCUGUAAGAAAGCAACUGCAAGUAGCCAGCCUUCACCAAACGUGGAAGAUGUUCAAUCUGCUAACAAGGCUCUAGUGGAAAAGAUCCGCGUUUCUUUAAAAUUUGACAAGGACAAAUGCUCUGCAUUCAAAGGAAUAACUGCUGAAUAUCUUAAUGGUUUUAUGAACACCGAGGAGUACCUUGCUUUUGUGCAUCAGUUUGGGUUGUCACAUCUUGUUCUUGAGCUAGCUAGGUUAUGUCCCAAUGUUCAGAAACAAAGAGAACUUGUGGAGAUGUACAAUUUUAACUUGAGUUGCAGCUGUUCUAACAAAAAUGGUUUGAGCAAUGAUGCUGAUCAAUUGAAAAACAAAAAAAGGUCAAAAAAAGGAAAGGAGAAGUAUGAGGACAGUGGCAUUAAUGGUUUAAAACAUGCUUUGGCAGAUGAUAUUAAUAGUGGGGUGACAGUUUGGCAAUCAAAUGAGAAGCCUUCUGUGGAAGAAGCAGAGGUCUUGUUGAAGGAUGGGCAUCACACUGCCAAAGGCAAAUCAAAGGUUUGGGCUGAUGAAGAGGCUAAUUCACAUUACCCCAGUCAGUCUCCAACGGAGUUCAGGAGUGGGAAUGGUUCUCAGCCAGCUUUUGGUGGCUCAAAGAAAAAUUUGGCAUCUGAAGGAGGGGGAAAUAAGCCACGGAAAAAAAUCUCCAAGUUCCUUAGAAACCGCCUUGGUGAUGCUUCAGCUGCAGAACUUCCAGAUGUUGGAAACUGUGAUCCUGGUCCUGAUCAGGUUAAAGAAAAAGCAGGUGAAAAUAAGGAGCCACCUGAAGGAUCGGUGGUUCGUGGUGUAUGGCGAAAUGGUAGAGGGCUGAGACUGAUGGCAAAGACCCAAACAAGACCAUGUAAAUGAUAUUUUGUGUAGGGCUCGAUAGAAGUAGGUUGUUUGUGGUCAUUGCCUUCCAGGCCUUCCAGGCCCAGUAGUUUUCUUGGAUAUGUUAAUGAAAAUGUGGUGAUAGUUUGCAAGGUGUGUAUUUCUAAUUUGGGCCCAAAAAAGGAAUUGAACACUUGUGGGUUUUCUAAGCUGAUGAAAGUAGGAGAUGUUGCAAAAUUUGGUUAUGGACCUGUCUUACGACUUUUUGUGCCUUUUGAUCACCUAUAUAAUUUAUUUAGAGUAUUUGAACAAAGGUCAAUGGCUUAUGGGGAAAAUAAUAGUAUCAGUAAGAAAAUAGAUGGUGAAGAUACUAUUGCUGGAAAAAAGAAAGAAAAUGAAAUGGUUCUGAGUUCUCCGGGAUUUGAUUGAAGGCAUCAUUCAAAUGAGUAGAAAUUGAUUGCAGUAUCAUGAUGUAAUAUGUAAAAUUUUAAUUAAUUGGGAUUUCGUAUUUACACC